AUGGUGUGUUGUACUUGUUUACGACAUAAUGAUCAUAGUGUUGUAUCAAGUUCAUUGGAAACACUUGAAAUUAUACUCAAAUAUUCAAAUUUAUUUGAUUUUGGUCAAUUAUUAAUUUCAACCCAAAUUGGAUCUAUAGAAGAAAUUGGUGUUAGUCAAGCAUUAAACACAGAUAUUACAUAUCUUUUAUCUUUAUGUGAACACGGUGAUCUACAUUUACGUGGUGCAUGUGCAAAUUUACUUGUUACAUUAAUUAAAACAACAAUUCAUCUUUUAACACUAUCGUCAUUAUCAAAUUCAUUUAUUAAUUCUUUUAUUAAUCAAUGUUCUCUUGUAUCAACUGAUUCACAAGACAGUUCAAGGUUAUUUAUCAAAUCUCAACAAAUGAACAAAUGUUUUGAAAGUAGCACAAAUGAUUCAAGGAAUGAUAAAGAUACAUCAACAACAUCAAACACAGACAAAAAUAAAAAAGUUAAUCGUACACAAUUAGGUACUUUUGGAAAUAAUCCAUGA